AUGGAGAACUGUGAAGGGGAUGUAUGUGGACUGCACGAUGAACCCAGUGAAAAGGCGCAGGAAGCUGAAAACAACAAACAACUUGAAAACACAUCUUGUAGUGCACCAUCGGAUCAAUCUGGGAGUUCGUUUUGUUUGAAUUUGUCGGAUAUCCGUCAAUAUUUCCCGAAAACAGCGAAUUAUAAGGUAAAUGAUAGUAAUCACUCGAGUCCAUGGUGUGCGGUUCCUGAAAGAUGGGCACAUGCCAGAAGUUUCCUUCGGGAUAAAUUGAAUUAUUGGGUUCAAACGCUCAAGAGUGUUAAAUUCAGCGAUGAAAAAGAUGAACAAAUUGCGAUGCGAGUCAUCCAUCAACUGGCGUGGUUAUUGAAAAAUUCAUGGGAUGGUCGCAGAGAAUCAGAAUGUCCUUCUGAAACGUUAUGGCGUGCAAGAAGAAGUGAGUAA